GAGUUGAACAAGGAGCGAUGGAAGUACUUUCGCUGGACCCCCCGCACAGCCUGGAUCUCGUUCAUGUACGCAAUCUUUGUCCCGACCGUGGUGGGAUAUACUUUCGCGAAGACAGAUGGAAAAUACGAUAUGCGAGCCAAGUUAAAGGGGGACACCAUCAGGGAGUUUUAA